UCAGUAAAGAACAAAUGAAUAAUCUCUUGCAGUCAGUUACACGUGAUGGAUGAAACUCACGUGAUCAACCAGGUGAAAGAAGACGUGUGCUACGUCUCGCAGCAGUUUUAUGACGACAUGGAGGUGGCACAAAAGAAGGGGGAAGACAAUACUGUGAUGGUGGAUUAUGUUCUUCCAGAUUUCAGCUCCAUCAAAAAAGGCUUCUGCAAGCCCCGGGAGGAGAUGGUGUUCAAUGGAAAGUAUAAGACAGGAGAGCAGAUCCUGAGGUUGGUCAACGAGCGCUUCGCUGUUCCUGAGAUGCUGUUUCACCCGUCAGACAUCGGCAUCCAGGAGAUGGGCAUCCCAGAGGCCAUCGUCCACUCCAUCCAGUCUCUGCCAGAAGAGAUGCAGCCCCACUUCUACCAGAACAUCGUCCUGACUGGAGGAAACACUUUGUUCUCCGGCUACAGGCAGCGACUGGAGGCCGAGCUGCGAUCGCUUGUCCCGGCCCACAUCCCCGUGUCAGUCCUGCAACCUGCAAAUCCCAUCUGUUACGCGUGGGAAGGAGGGAAGCUGCUGGCCCACAACCCAGACUAUGACGAGAUGGUGGUGACCAGAGAGGAAUAUGAAGAAAACGGACACUGUGUUUGUGAAGAGAAGUUUGACAUUUGACGUCUACAUGGAACAUAAACUCCAGACUGUAUCAUACUUCUGAUUAACUCUGCUUUCACAGUUAUUCUGAAAACCCUGAUUCAAACCAGUGAAAUAAAACCUUCGAAGUCUUUUUCUACA